AUGGGUUCCAAUCCGUUGCGUGCUCCUCCAAGGCCACUCAUCAAAAGAGAAGUGAAGAGAGAAACAACCAGACAAAUACCGCAAGCACCAAAACAAACCACUUUCAAUCCAGCAGACUAUGAUAUCAGUACCUUAAGAGCUUGUACACAACAAGAAAUUGAGGAUGUCAAGACUCAUAUUCUAAAGUUCCAAUCAAAACAAAAAGUUGAUCCGGUUCACAAGUUUACUAAACCAGUUAGAUUACAUCGUAAGGAGACUAAAAAUUUACAAUAUCAAUUGACAAGAGCUGAAAUUGAACAACGUCAAAGGGAAAAUGUUGAAUUGAAAAGACAAGAGGAGGAAGAGAAAUUGAGAAUAAUAGAAGAAAGGGAAAAGAAUGGAAUUGUUAGAGAAGUUGCAGAUAUGUCCAAGAUUGCCCCAGAUGGUGGUGCUAGAAAGAACAAGAUUCAAUUUAAAAAGAAGACUAGACAAAUCAAAUCAUAUGACGAAGGAGCUAAAAAGUUGAGAUAUGAAGAAUAUUACCCUUGGGUUAUGGAGGAUUAUGAUGGUAAAAACACUUGGGUAGGUAGUUAUGAAGCUGGUAGCUCUGAUGCUUAUGUUUUAUUGAUUGCCGAUCAAAAGGAUAAAUCUUUCAAAAUGGUUCCAGCUGAUAAGGUUUACAGAUUCACACCUAGAAACAAAUAUUCAACAUUAACUUUAGAAGAAGCUGAAGCAAGAAUGGAGAAAAACAACUCUGUUCCAAGAUGGUUGAUGAAACACCUUGAUGAAAAUGAACAAAAAUUAACGAGAUAUGAACGUACAAAAAAGAAGAUGAAAACAGUAGUGGGAACUUCAGGUGGUGAUGAAGACAAAGGUGGUAGAGAUUCAGAUAAUGAUGAUUUAGAUUUUGAAGAGGACUUUGCGGAUGAUGAAGAAGCACCAAUUGUCGAUGGUGAUGAAGAGGAAAACAAAGAAAGUGAACGUAAAAUUAAGAGAGAAAUGAGAUCAGCAAACGCCAUGGGUCUUCAUGAUGAAGAUAAUGGAGAUGAUCUUUAUGAUGAUUUAUUUGAAAGUAGAAAAGUUGACAAAGAAGGUGAAAGAUUACGUAAAGCAUUGAAUAAAACUGAUAUGACUGGUAUUUAUGAAUCUGACGAAGAUGCUAAUCCAUAUCUAUCAGAAUCUGAUCUGGAAGUUGAUGAAGAUGAAGAAGGAGGUGCUAAAGCUGACUUGAGUAAACCUGUUUCCCCAGUUCCAUCAGGAGAAGCCACUCGUAAAAGUGCAACACCAUCAGGAAGAAGCAUCAAAGUUAAAACGGUCAAUAAUCCAGUUGGUCUCGUUGUGCUUUCAGCUUUACCUUCUGUUUUAGUUAAAUUUCCAAAAGGUGAAUGGAAUCCAAAUGUUAAGAAAAGAGUUGUUGAAACUUCUGAUGACGAAGCAAGAUCACAUAAAAGAGUUAAAUUGGAAGAACCUACACAGCAAAUACCACAAUCACCAGAAGUUAAAAGGGAAACUUCUUCUAAUGAAAUUCCUAAUGAUGAUUUAUUAGUUGAAGAUGAUAUCAUUCAAGUUGUUACAAAUGAAAAAGUUACAGCUAAGGAAUUAAUCCAUAAAUUGAAAGCUAAACUUUCAAGACAUCCUGAUAACAAGACUAGAAUCAAAGGAUUUGUCAGAAAGUUAUUAAAGAGUCAAGAUGGUUAUUUGGUUUUGAAAGAUAGUUAG